AUGAAGGAUCAACAAUUUCCUAAGUUCUUAGAGAUUUUCAAGAAAUUGGAGAUCAACAUUCCACUCGCUGAAGCCUUAGAACAAAUGCUACUUUAUCCAAAGUUUCUCAAGGAACUCAUCACCAAGAAAAGGAGCUGGAAAGAGAAUGAAACUGUGAUCCUCACCAAGGAAUGCAGUGUUGUGAUCCAAAAAGGUUUGCCACCCAAACUUAAGGACCCAAGGAGUUUCCUCAUAUCAUGUACCAUUGGUAACGUGACAAUAGAGAGAGCUCUCUGUGACCUGGGUGCCAGCAUAAAUCUUAUGCCCCUCUCCAUGAUGAAAAAGUUACUCAUAGAAGAGGUUAAACCCACAAGGAUGUCACUACAGCUUGCUGAUAGAUCCCUUAAGACACCUAAUAGAGUCCCUGCUGACUUUGUGAUCCUAGAUAUGGAAGAGGAGGGACAUAACUCAAUUAUCCUGGGAAGACCUUUUCUAGCCAUAGCAAGAGCCAUCAUUGAUGUAGAGAAAGAGAAAAUUAUUCUGAGGGUACAUGAUGAACAGAUAAUCCUCAAUGUUUUCAAAGCAAUACAGUACCCUGCUAAAAAAAAAAUUGUAUGA